GGCGGUCGCUCGCUCUCUUUGUCUCUCGUUACCACUAAUACGAAGAGGAAAAGGCCCCUGGAUGUGAUAAAAAUAAUAAAAAUAUCCGACCAAUGGCGUUCCGCGCUGCUUCAGCUCUUUAAGCCAUUCCCAUGACCGGGGCGGGAGUUUAUCUCCUCCCACUCUCCUCCUCCUCCUCCUCCUCCUCCCCCUCUCUCCGGUUCCCGUCACCGCCCGCUUACCCUCUCUCCAGAGCUCCGACAGGACGAGGCAAGGGAAGCAUCCGGACCUCUGGCUUCGCCGAUCUCCGACGAGCGGAGCCCCUGCGCCGACGAUGGCGAUCGGCCGGCGUCGCUCGAGGCGGCGGCGCCGACGUGAAGUCGGAGCCGCUGGAUGUUUCGGACUCGGUGCCGGCUUCGAUAAAGCUUUCGGACGUUGCCAGCGAGCGGGUGUCGCCGCCGCCGCUGCCGCUUGAGGAGUUGGAUACUCAUACUUGGGGGGGGCAAUGGCUUUCCUUGUUGAGUUCCGAGUUGGAUUCGUUUCCCAAGCGAUGGGUGAUCGUCUUGUUGUGCUUCUCCGCCUUCUUGCUCUGCAACAUGGACAGGGUAAAUAUGAGCAUUGCAAUUCUCCCCAUGUCAGCAGAAUUCGAUUGGAGUCCUGCCACUGUUGGUCUGAUCCAAUCAUCCUUCUUCUGGGGCUACCUUCUGACCCAGAUUGCUGGGGGUAUUUGGGCAGACACAGUUGGUGGAAAGACAGUAUUGGGAUUUGGGGUUGUUUGGUGGUCUGUUGCCACAGCCCUCACACCUGUUGCAGCAAAGAUUGGAUUGCCUUUCCUGCUAGUUGUACGAGCUUUUAUGGGAAUUGGUGAGGGUGUUGCCAUGCCUGCAAUGAAUAAUAUCCUGUCGAAAUGGAUUCCUGUAGCUGAGAGGAGUAGAUCAUUAGCUCUUGUAUAUAGUGGAAUGUACCUUGGAUCAGUAACUGGGCUGGCUUUUUCACCUUUGUUGAUUCAUACGUAUGGAUGGCCUUCUGUCUUCUUCUCCUUUGGUUCUCUUGGGACUGUUUGGUUUGCAAUUUGGUCGAGUAAGGCUUACAGCUCUCCCCUUGAAGAUCCUGGACUUAGUUCUGAAGAAAAAAAUCUUAUCACCAGUAAGAGUGUAGCAAGAGAACCUGUCACAACAAUACCAUGGAGACUCAUCUUAUCCAAAGGACCUGUUUGGGCUCUUAUUGUUUCCCAUUUUUGUCAUAAUUGGGGGACUUUUAUUCUUCUUACAUGGAUGCCUACAUACUAUAACCAGGUAUUGAAGUUCAAUCUGACAGACUCUGGGCUUUUAUGUGUGCUUCCAUGGCUUACAAUGGCACUUUCAGCAAAUAUUGGUGGAUGGAUUGCAGAUACACUUGUGAGUAAAGGUCUAUCUGUCACAACGGUCCGUAAGAUCAUGCAAUCUAUUGGAUUCCUUGGACCUGCUUUCUUCUUGACCCAGUUAAGUCAUGUCCAUUCUCCUGCAAUGGCAGUACUCUGUAUGGCAUGCAGCCAGGGAACUGACGCAUUUUCACAGUCUGGUCUGUACUCUAACCAUCAAGACAUUGGCCCUCGCUAUGCUGGUGUGCUGCUUGGUCUCUCUAACACCGCAGGGGUUUUAGCUGGUGUUUUUGGAACGGCAGCCACAGGCUACAUAUUGCAACAUGGUUCUUGGGAUGAUGUUUUCAAAGUGUCGGUGACGCUUUACCUUGCUGGAACUGUGGUCUGGAACCUCUUCUCAACUGGAGAGAAAAUCCUUGAUUGAUAGCAUGUGCAGGCAUAUUGAAGUCCAUCCCCCUGAAACAGAGUUCUAAUUUGAAGAGUACCAGCUGAUACAUCGGUUUCAAUCCUCAACACUUCACAAAGCUAUGAAGCUAUCACUCAUUCUUCGAUGGCAAAAGCAUGUUAAUUUCCAGCAUACCCUUUGUUUAGGAGCUUCUUGUAUAACUUACAGAAAUCCCUGGCCUAAUUAUUCAGCUGUUCAUGUUAGAGACAACAUUAUGGAAGCAUUGGUCCUUAGGCUUGUCUCCUUCACAAAUAUGUAGAUUUACCCCAUAUAUAUAUAUAUAUAUAUAUAUAUAUAUACCAAUUUUGUCAUGUAUUCUGUAUAUCAAUACUUAUAUUACUUUGUAAAUGUAGCUGUAUAAAUUACCUACUACUGUAAUUUUAGACAUGCUGUUGUGCAACGGAUGAAAGCAGGCUGCUAUUACCCCUCCUGCUGCCUAUCUUCUUUAUUCA